GGCAUCAACCAAAUCGCUCUUUCUAUUCGUCCAGCACAGUGGAGGGUGCCACGCUAUAAAGGAAAGGGUGGAGGACCAAGGGCACAGCAAAGAGACCAGAGCAGCAGAGGAGCAAGGAUAGACAACAGCUUUCUCGUCUAUCCACCAUGGAGAACGCACACGCCAAGACCCCGGCCGAGUGCCUCACCUUCUUCAGUUCGAAUGAGGUUACCGGCCUGACCCCAGACCAGUUCAAGAAGAACUUGGCCAAGUUUGGCCACAACGAGCUUCCCGCUGAGGAGGGUAAGAGCGUCUGGGAGCUCAUCUAUGAGCAGUUUGAGGACCUCCUGGUCAGGAUCCUGCUGCUGGCUGCCUGCAUUUCAUUCGUGCUGGCCUGGUUUGAGGAAGGCGAGGAGACCGUCACCGCCUUCGUGGAGCCCUUUGUCAUCCUCCUCAUCCUCAUCGCUAACGCCAUUGUCGGCGUGUGGCAGGAACGUAAUGCUGAGGACGCUAUUGAGGCCCUGAAGGAGUAUGAGCCCGAGAUGGGCAAGGUGUACCGCUCCGACAGGAAGAGCGUGCAGAUGAUCAAGGCCAGAGAGAUCGUCCCCGGUGACAUCGUUGAGGUGUCAGUUGGUGACAAGGUCCCCGCUGAUAUCAGGCUCGUGUGCAUCAAGUCCACCACCCUGCGUGUUGACCAGUCCAUCCUCACCGGUGAGUCCGUCAGUGUGAUCAAGCACACAGAGGCCGUCCCCGACCUGAGAGCUGUCAACCAGGACAAGAAGAACAUGCUUUUCUCUGGCACCAACAUCGCCGCCGGCAAGGCUAUCGGCAUUGCCGUGUACACCGGUGUGAGCACUGAGAUCGGUAAAAUCCGUGACCAGAUGGCUGCCACCGAGCAGGAGAAGACCCCCCUCCAGGCCAAGCUUGACGAGUUCGGCGAGCAGCUGUCCAAGGUCAUCACCCUCAUUUGCAUCGCCGUGUGGGCCAUCAACAUUGGCCACUUCAACGACCCCGUCCACGGAGGCUCCUGGAUCCGCGGCGCCGUCUACUACUUCAAGAUCGCUGUGGCUCUGGCCGUGGCCGCCAUCCCCGAGGGUCUGCCCGCCGUCAUCACCACCUGCCUCGCUCUGGGAACCCGCCGCAUGGCCAAGAAGAACGCCAUCGUCAGGUCCCUGCCCUCCGUGGAGACUCUUGGCUGCACCUCUGUCAUCUGCUCCGACAAGACCGGCACCCUCACCACCAACCAGAUGUGUGUGACCAAGAUGUUCAUCAUCAAGGGCGUUGAGGGCGAUCACGUCAACCUUGAUGCCUUCGACAUCUCUGGAUCCAAGUACACACCCGAGGGCGAAGUCUCCCAGGGUGGCGCCAAAACCAACUGCAGUGCCCACGAUGGCCUGGUGGAGCUGUCCACCAUCUGCGCUCUCUGCAACGACUCCUCUCUGGAUUACAACGAGUCUAAGAAGAUCUUUGAGAAGGUCGGUGAGGCCACUGAGACUGCCCUGUGCUGCCUGGUUGAGAAGAUGAACGUGUUCAACUCCAACGUGAAGAACCUGUCCUUUAUCGAGCGGGCCAACGCCUGCUGCACCGUGGUCAAGCAGCUGAUGACAAAGAAAUUCACCCUGGAGUUCUCCCGUGACCGGAAGUCAAUGUCCGUGUACUGCACACCCGGCAAGGGAGACGGUGGCGCCAAGAUGUUCGUUAAGGGUGCCCCAGAGGGUGUGAUUGACAGAUGCACAUACGUUAGAGUCGGAACAACCCGCGUGCCCCUGACCGACGCCAUCAAGGACAAGAUCCUGGCCGUGAUCAAGGACUGGGGAACCGGUCGCGAUACCCUGCGUUGCCUGGCCCUGGCCACAUGCGACAACCCCUUGAAGCCCGAGGAGAUGAAGCUGGAGGACUCUACCAAGUUCGCCGAUUACGAGUGUGACCUGACCUUCGUCGGAUGCGUUGGCAUGCUGGAUCCCCCCCGCAAGGAGGUCAGUGGCUCCAUCCAACUGUGCAGAGAUGCUGGAAUCCGUGUCAUCAUGAUCACCGGCGACAACAAGGGAACCGCCAUCGCCAUCUGCCGUCGUAUUGGCAUCUUCACCGAGGAUGAGGAUGUGACCGGAAAGGCCUACACCGGCCGCGAGUUUGACGACCUGCCCAUCUCUGAGCAAGCCGAGGCCGUGGUCAGAGCCAGCUGCUUCGCCCGCGUGGAGCCCUCCCACAAGUCCAAGAUUGUUGAGUUCCUCCAGGCUCACGAUGACAUCACCGCCAUGACCGGUGAUGGUGUGAACGAUGCCCCCGCCCUGAAGAAGGCGGAGAUCGGUAUCGCCAUGGGCUCUGGCACCGCCGUUGCCAAGUCUGCCUCUGAGAUGGUCCUCGCUGACGACAACUUCUCCUCCAUUGUGGCCGCCGUUGAGGAGGGCCGCGCUAUCUACAACAACAUGAAGCAGUUCAUCCGCUACCUCAUCUCCUCCAACGUUGGUGAGGUCGUCUGUAUCUUCCUGACAGCUGCCCUCGGUCUCCCCGAGGCCCUGAUCCCCGUCCAGCUUCUGUGGGUCAACCUGGUGACUGACGGUCUGCCCGCCACCGCUCUGGGCUUCAACCCCCCCGACCUGGACAUCAUGGACAGAGCCCCCCGUUCCCCCAAAGAGCCCCUGAUCUCCGGAUGGCUGUUCUUCAGAUAUAUGGCUAUUGGCGCAUAUGUUGGUGCCGCUACCGUUGGCGCUGCUGGUUGGUGGUUCAUCUACGAUACCACCGGCCCCGGACUCUCUUACUACCAGCUGUCUCACUUCAUGCAGUGCCACGACGAGAACCCCGACUUCGAGGGCAUUAACUGCCACAUCUUUGAGGCCUCUCACCCCAUGACCAUGGCCCUGUCUGUCCUUGUCACCAUUGAGAUGGCCAACGCCCUCAACAGCUUGUCUGAGAACCAGUCUCUGCUGCGUAUGCCCCCAUGGAGCAACUUCUGGCUGCUGUCCGCCAUGUCCCUGUCCAUGUCCCUCCACUUCAUGAUCAUCUACGUCGACCCCCUGCCCAUGAUCUUCAAGAUGACCCCUCUGAGUAUGGAACAGUGGUUGAUGGUGCUCAAGCUCUCCUUCCCUGUCAUCCUCAUUGAUGAAGUGCUCAAGUUUGUGGCCCGCAACUACAUUGAUCUGGGCCCCAACCAGAAGUAGUAGAAAACUUCAAGAGAAAGAAGAGAAUAGGAUGAAGGAAAGCUGAUGAAGAGAGGCGGAGGAAGACCAUCAGAAGAAAAAAUAAAAACAAUAAAAAUUAAUUAAAUCGAUGAAAUCAAUUUUAGCCCAUUAAAUACUCAAAUAUUUAAUAUUUUAUUCUCAGAAAAAAAGUAUGUAAUAAAAGUGAUUUUUUGUUAAAGUUGGA